AUGGCAGCAUGCCACCACCACACGGUCCCCGGUGGUGAGUAGACCCCAAUUUUGACUGGAAAUUCAGAAACACACUGGCCCCCGUUAGCCGAUUAAGAUAACCUGCCAGAAUAGACCGAUUCUCGUAAUCAGGCCGACGGGAAAAAAUUGCACAACUUAACUAGAUGGAUGGGUAAGUACUAGUGAUUGGGCCGGCUGGGCCAAAGUGGGCAUAUCACCUGGCUUUGGGAUGUGCCUAGGCCUAGGCUGGAAUUGAUAAGGCCCAGGCUGACCCGUCGACGGCUCUGGGAACGACGUCUACUUGUGAUGUUCGUCGUCUUUAUUGUGUAGGGAAUUGAGUCUUGACCGUCUCCGGGGCGAUGCAGCCUCAUUCAUACAGACAUAAGAUGUGCCUACAAUGGCAGCCGUCGGAAAUAAGGAAACGAAAGGACCAAGGAAACUAUAGAGGAUGAGAACUCCAACAGCAGCAGUAGCCGUAGAAGAUAUGAGAGAGAACGAGAAGAGGGGGAGAGAGAGAGUUUCAGCCAAAACCCUCCAGUCCUUCGUUGGGCAGAGUCGAGGUGGGCCUCAUGAGCCGGGCUCUUCUCUAGGGAAAAAGCCGAACUCCCCUCGUUGCCCUGCAUGGGGAAGAUGGGUCGGGACCCCUUUCACCACCGACCGCCGAGACUAGACGGAAAUGGCAGCUGCUAUUUCCAGGGCACGGUUGCGGCUACUAGUGAGGCGGCUCUGGCGGUAGUCGCGAUGACUGAGACAGCAUUUGUUUUAGAAAUAUUGUUGGGAGUCGAUGCGACGGACACCGGUGAGCUCUGGUCGCGAAUCCCCCGGUGA